UGAACGGAGUGACCAAGAGCAGGUUUGAGAUGUUCUCAAAUAGCGAUGAAGCUGUAAUCAAUAAAAAACUUCCCAAAGAACUCCUGUUACGGAUAUUUUCUUUUUUGGAUGUCGUUACCUUGUGUCGCUGUGCUCAGGUCUCCAGGGCCUGGAAUGUUCUGGCUCUGGAUGGCAGUAACUGGCAGCGAAUUGAUCUGUUUGAUUUCCAGAGGGAUAUUGAGGGCAGGGUAGUGGAGAAUAUUUCAAAACGAUGUGGUGGCUUUUUACGAAAGUUAAGUCUUCGUGGGUGUCUUGGAGUAGGAGACAAUGCAUUAAGGACCUUUGCACAGAACUGUAGGAACAUUGAAGUACUGAAUCUAAAUGGGUGUACAAAGACUACAGAUGCUACAUGUACUAGCCUUAGCAAGUUCUGUUCCAAACUCAGGCACCUUGACUUGGCUUCCUGUACGUCAAUAACAAACAUGUCACUAAAAGCUCUGAGUGAGGGAUGUCCACUGUUGGAGCAGUUGAACAUUUCCUGGUGUGACCAAGUAACCAAGGAUGGCAUUCAAGCACUAGUGAGGGGCUGUGGGGGUCUCAAGGCCUUAUUCUUAAAAGGCUGCACGCAGCUAGAAGAUGAAGCUCUCAAGUAUAUAGGUGCACACUGUCCUGAACUAGUGACUUUGAACUUGCAGACUUGCUUGCAAAUUACAGAUGAAGGUCUCAUUACUAUAUGCAGAGGUUGCCAUAAGUUACAGUCCCUCUGUGCCUCUGGCUGCUCCAACAUCACAGAUGCCAUCCUGAAUGCUCUAGGUCAGAACUGCCCACGGCUUAGAAUAUUAGAAGUGGCAAGAUGUUCUCAGUUAACAGAUGUAGGCUUCACCACUCUUGCCAGGAAUUGCCAUGAGCUUGAAAAGAUGGAUCUGGAAGAGUGUGUUCAGAUAACAGAUAGCACAUUAAUCCAACUUUCUAUACACUGUCCUCGACUUCAAGUAUUGAGUCUUUCUCACUGUGAGCUGAUCACAGACGAUGGAAUUCGUCACCUAGGGAAUGGGGCCUGCGCCCAUGACCAGCUGGAGGUGAUUGAGCUGGACAAUUGCCCGCUAAUCACAGAUGCGUCCCUGGAGCACUUGAAGAGCUGUCACAGCCUUGAGCGGAUAGAACUCUAUGACUGCCAGCAAAUCACACGGGCUGGAAUCAAGAGACUCAGGACCCAUUUACCCAAUAUUAAAGUCCACGCCUACUUCGCACCUGUCACUCCACCCCCAUCGGUAGGGGGCAGCAGACAGCGCUUCUGCAGAUGCUGCAUCAUCCUAUGACAAUGGAGGUGGUCAACCUUGGCGAACUGAGUAUUUAAUGACACUUCUAGAGUUACCGUGGAAUCUCUCCAGUGGAGGCGACCCCAGUGUUCUGGGCAAGGGUUACAAAGUGAGGGCAGUGUCCAGAUCCCAGAGCCACACAUACAUACACAUACACACCCUCAUCCCCAUCCACUCACAUUUUGUGACCAUGAGAUUGAAGUUCAUGCCGGCUUUAUCAAGUGGAUUGGUAAAACUUAACCAUUCCUGUUGGAGGUGCCCAGAAGAAAAUCAUAGGCCACAGUGGAGGGAGGGGGCAUUCCAGCAAACCCAGUGUUAACUGCUACUGUGGUUUCUUUGUUUUGUCAAAGGGGUUUCUUUGAGGAUUUCGGUACAGUAACUGCAGUCCUCCAGUGUCAAGAAAAGCAUGGAAAAACAAUAUAUGAUGUAUCCAGGGACCAGAAGGAAAAUUUCUUUGUAUCCUAAAAAUGGUAGCCAUCUAUUGUGACUACAGAGCUUCUGUGCUUCCUUGUUUCCAUGCCAACAUGCUGAGCAUGCCCACAAAGAAGGCUCAUCCAUUCCUCCUGUGUUUUAGUAUUUGGCCCAGAGGUUUCCUAAAUGGUUGUAUUGAAAUCGCUGUGGUCCAAAUGUGAUUACUUACUCACUCAAGUUGUCACUGUCUGUAGCACAUGUGUGCACCUGUCUUCCAUUCUCUGUUGCUCCCUCCCACACUCUUGCUCAGUCUGUCACCUAUUCAUAAUCUGCCUAUUCACACUCAGUUGUUACUCCUUUGCUGUUGUGUUUACAGUUUGCAUUUUGGAUGGUUAGUUGGGGUUACCAAACAUUUAUAAAAGACAUUAUCAAUAAAUAUUUUUUUAAUUCUAAAGUUUA